UGUGUUUUGAAGUUAGUUUUUAUCUCUUGAAAAUAUUGUUAGUAUCACAUGGUAGAUAUUUUGAGUGUUUAGUUUUUGUCUGUUAGAAAUAUUUUUUUGUAACGGUGAACACUAAACAUUUUUAAUUAUUCACUUUUUAUUUGAUUAAGUAUUCAAAAAUUAUGUUAUCCGUAUUGAAUACAAGUGAUAGUACUCACCAGCGCCAAAUCCUAUCAUCUGAUAUUGAUUACUAUAGUCGUUUCGUAUGUACUAGUUCAGCUGAUGGCAUAAUUCAAAUUGUUGAUACUAUUGAAGCCAAUAAAAAUCCGACAAUAGAGUUGAAGGAUCAUGUAGGUCCUGUAUGGCAAGUGUCAUUUUCUUAUCCAAAGUUUGGAUUUUUAGCUUCUUGUGGAUCUGAUUGUAAGUUGAUAGUUAGAAAAAUAAACAAAUCUAAUCAGUGGGUCACUAUUUACAGUUAUGAUGGACACACUUCUUCUGUUAAAGCUAUUUCUUGGGCUCCUCACAAAAUCGGAGCCCUUAUUGCUUGUGCUAGUGCUGAUGGUACUAUUUCAAUUCAUACAUAUAAUGAUCAUAAAUGGGAUGUGUCGAAAAUACCAAAUGCCCAUUUAAAUGGUGUUAACAGCUUAAGUUGGGCACCUUAUUUAAUUAAUAAGCAUAAAGUAAUACUUAGUGGUGGUAAUGAUUGUAAAAUUAAAAUAUGGAAAGAUGAAAAAUGUGCAUGGAAUUUAUUGCACGAAUCUGAUAAUCAGUUAGCAAUAAUACGAGAUGUAAGUUGGUGUCCAUCUCCAGGAAUCCAAAAAUAUAUGAUAGCAAGUUGUUCCUCUGAUGGUAGAGUGAUUAUAUGGGAAAGUGAUGAUUGUUGUGAUUGGAAAGAAACUGAAAUUAAUGAUCCUGAAAAAGAGAAAUGGAAAGUUAGUUGGUCACAUAUUGGUAACAUAUUAUCUAUUACAAUGAAUAAUUAUGUUGUGAAAUUUUACAAACAAAUGGGUAAAAAUAAAUGGUUGUGUUUAAAUACAAAAAUAGCGGACAAUCUAAAUGGAUUAGAAAGUACUAGCAAAAAGUUAUUUAAUCAAGAUAUAUUUUCUUCAUUAAUUUGAUAUAAAAUCAUUGUAUGGUAUUUGUAUAUUCAUGUAAAAAAAAAUAAAAAAUGUUAUCACCUUAAUCAAAUAUAAUUUUAUACACCUUA